AUGCCAAAACUCGAACUCACAAGUGGCUCAAAAGUCGGGUGUGUUUUGAAAAGUGUGCCACAAGAGGGUGUUUUCGAGUUGCGGCUCCGAGGCCGCAAGACUGUGAAAACCACAACUGCCUGUUUUCACAACUCGGUUUUAAAGAGUCUUAAUCCCGUCCUGUAUUCAUCUUUCCUGCCACCUGAAUCACACCGCACAACAUCCCCACCUGCCACACUCGUUACUGCGGCACUCCACACUCAUUUCCUCCGACCAACUAUGGGACCAAAGCGGCCUGCUGCUCUGGACCCAGAACUUGCGCCAGUUUCGAAGCGUUCCAGCCGUUUAUCAAAGCUGAACACUGGCAACCAGGCUGAACCCCCCACUAAGCCUCCUGCAACCCGUCGUGUUCAGUGGCUUGAGAACCCCCACUGGACUGACCGUCUCGUAUCAUACCUGCUUGAGAAUCCAAAUGUGAGGUUGAAACUGAGUGGUGAUUCUAUCCAAACUGCGAAGGCCGAGGGCCGACUGAAGAUUUCUAAUGGUGAGAAGAAGAAAGACUAUUGGGCAGCUAUUGCAAAGGACAUCUGGGACCGCGAGGAAGAGGCAGAGCGUGAAUUCUAUGUUGCAGCUCUGAACCAAUACACUACAGCUAUACAGGGUAGAAUAAGUUGGCUGGAAAGUCAGUACAAGAAAUAUAUCAAACUCCUCGGUGAAACUGGUCAGGGUGUGAAGUCUGAAGAGGAGUGUGAAGAAAUCCAUGCCAAUUUGCGAGAGGAUAUCCGAGCAAAAUUCCCUUGGUUUGAUGAUCUUGAUGGCAUGUGGCGUAAUUUACCGAAGCACUCAAUUGGAAUGAUAUCAAACUCUGCUGUUGGUAUGGCUGCAUUGGUCGCUGAGUUUGAGCAAGCGGCUCCGAGACUGACACAUGCAGAUCCACCCCCCACUGCUGCUCUCGGUCUGGAUUCCCCUAUUUUUCUCACUAAUGAACUGUCAUCAGAACCCGAACUGGAACUUGUCCCGCCAGAAUUCAAACUCGAGGUCAAACCAAAUGUCCUAAGCACAGCUCAGCUAGGGAGCCAUGGUUUGCCAACUCCGAUGACACCUACAUCCAAUUCUCCAACUCCGACCCCUACACCAGUUGGUUUGACUCACAAUGCUGGAGGAAUUAGCCGUAAUGGAAAGGGACGACGUGAUGUUCUUGCUGAUUUCAGUGAAGCAAAUCUCCGUGACCAAGAGCAGACCCGCUGA